AUGAAGUCGUCGCUAUGUUUCAUCAUUUUAUCACUUUUUAACUACACUCAGGGUCAGGAUUUCAUGUCACUAUUUGCGCCUUUCCUGGGCAGCGGAUUGGGUGGAAGUUCCCCACUAUCCGGAGGUUCUUCUCCCGGAGGCGGAGGAUUGGGAUCCUUAUUAGCUGGUAUUGGUAAUAAUGGAGGGCCCGGCUCUAAUUUGCCAUUCGCAGAUUUAUUCAAUUUGGGUGCUGGCUUAUUAAACAAGAGCCCAGCUAACCAACCAGGACCACAACAGAAACCUAGACCGACAAAUCGAGGUGGAAACAGGCCGCGUCCCAACCCUCCACCUCCUACUGCUCCAGUGCCAGAUGCUUCGGAUUAUGACGAGCCGUUAUCUAAGACUCAAAAGCCUCCUGCCCCUCCUCCACCCAAAUCACUCACUUGGCUUGAGGGAGAAGAAGAUUAUGAUGACAAUAUUGAUUUGAAACUGACAGGAGCCAGAGCAAUUCAACGUUCCCCAAGACGUGUUCAAAGUAAAAAUUUAGAUGUAACUCCUACUUCGAACAAUGAAUCUCCACAACCUAUCGGACGAAGUGUGCCGGUGGGACCAAACCCCAUUUAUCAUCGACCAAACGCCCGGACAUGGGUUCGUAAUGACGUUACGGGUCCUCCGAUAGGUCAAAAUGGCCAGCCUUACUACUAUCAACAAGCGGCUCCAACAACCUAUUAUCAGCCUGUAUAUAACCAAGCUUCACCCAUUCAACCUUUUGUUGUUCAACAUGCAGCUCCUGUUCAACCAGCUCCAAAUCCUUUGUUCCCGAACUUUGUUAAUUUGUUUCCAACUCUUCCACCUCCUACCAUUGCUGCUCCUCCACCACCUGGUGGACCAACUUUACCUCCAUAUAUUCCAAAAAGCGAUUCGAAACUCUUAGCUCAUAAUGCUGCAAGUAUGAUUCGUGAAAUAGUUACAUUCUCUGAUGGUCAUCGCGGUGGACAGCAAGACUAUUCAGCUGUUCAAAGUUUAAUGGAGCAUUUUUUUGAAAGUAUGGCUUCUCCACCUGGAUCUCAACCGGCAGCUGCAGUUCCUGCUUUCGAUUCUCCUCAACUAUUGUCUCCUCAAUAUGAUGGAACUGAACUUGGAGCUAAUCGUCCAUUAACAAACAAAUUGUUUGAAAGUGACAUGGUUCUAACUAUGGACCAAAUGAAGGGUGUCAUCUUGGCCUCCGAGCAAAAUCAUCGUGGUGGUUUGCGUCGUGGAAAACGAAAAGUUAUCACUGGAUCUGUUUACCGUUGGCCGAAGGGUCCAAUUCCUUAUCGUUUCAAAGGUGGUGACGAUAAAUGGAAACAGUUGAUUCGAUCAGCAUUACAUCAUUGGGAGAGUGAGACGUGUGUUCGCUGGAAAGAAAAUGCCCCAGGCAAAGAUUAUGUUGUAUUUUUCCGCGGCGGUGGAUGUUAUUCAAGUGUUGGAAGGACUGGAGGAUCUCAACUCAUUUCAAUUGGAUAUGGAUGUGAAGAUAAAGGAAUUGUUACUCACGAAGUUGGUCAUUCCCUCGGAUUUUGGCAUGAACAGUCUCGACCUGAUCGAGAUGAAUAUAUAUACAUCAAGAAAGAUUGGAUUAUCAAAGGUACUAAUGGGAACUUUGAGCGCAGAACAAAGGAUGAGAUAGAAGAUAUGGGUCUGCCCUACGAUUUGGGCAGUGUCAUGCACUAUGGAUCAUCGGCAUUCACUAAAGACUGGGACGAAGUCACAAUCCAAACAAGAGACAAAAACUAUCAAAGAACGAUUGGACAGAGAGUUCAACCUUCUUUCAUUGAUGUGAAACAAGUCAAUCGUUUGUAUUGCAAUGAAGUGUGUCCCAAAGUAUUGAAAUGCCGAAAUGGAGGAUACCCUGACCCCAAUAAUUGUAAAAAGUGUAAAUGUCCCCCUGGUUUAGGGGGAACUCAUUGUGAUUCCAUUCCUCAAAGUGAAGGAGCAUGCGGAGGAGAUCUGGUUGCAGCUCCGAUGUGGCAGGAACUUGGACAUCGUGGAAAGAAACGAUGUUAUUGGAGAAUUCGAACGGAUAAUGCAAGAAUUAAAUUCAUAUUAACGAAUGUCACCUAUCGAUGUGAAUCUACAUGCAAAGCCUAUGUAGAAAUCAAGCAUAAUUCUGAUUUCCAACAAACAGGAUUCAGAGCUUGCUGUCCUGAACAGGAAUACACAGUAACAUCAGAUCAAUCAGAAGUUUUAAUCUUUACUGAUCCUACCAUCUUAGACUAUGAAACAGGCUUCAACAUCCGAUUCAUCAAAGAUUCUGGUCUUCCAUUGCCCAAGCCUCCACCAGCUAAAUGGGUACCAGGACAAGAAAAUCGUGGGUUCCGCGGUCAAACAAGUUCAGGAGGUGCUGGAGGAGGUCCGGAUACUGUAGAGAAGUUCAUCUUGAACAUUGUACCUAAAAUCAGAGAUGCCCGAAGGCCGCUAGAAAGCUUAGCAAGCAUAGUAACAGAAUAUUCAUUAGCUAGCUUAUUAGGAAUAAGAAACUGA